ACAAUUCAAAAGGAAAAAAACAUAAAAAAUGAUGCGAACGAGGUUUUUGUGGUUUGGGCUAGGAUUCGCCUCUGCUUCUGGAGCAAUUGCGCAGUUUGUGGUCAAGGAUCUGUGGACGGAUCGCAGUUCCCUUACUUCUCAGUUGACGGAAAAGUUCAAUUCGUUGGAUACGCGAGUGUCCAAUUUGGAGUCUGUGAUUUCCACAAAACCAACUUCACCUCAGGUUCAUUGUUUAUAUGUUAAGUCCUGAGUACUGUUGCAGUAGAAAUCACAGAGUACAUUGGAUAGAGGCAGUUUGAAUGUAAGCAGAGGAGUAAAGGAGAGAGAUGUGGGCCGAUAACUGGGAUAGAUCUUUUGCAUUUUUCCAUCUGUAGAAGAAAACCAAAACUUCUCAACUCUUAAGGAUGUGGUUUCAUUACUGGUUUGUAUCUUAGCAUAAUUACCAUUAUACCUCAGCGGUGAAGGAAAAUACAAUCUUCGCAGUGGACCUAUGUCUUCUAUGUGAUGGAAUAUAUCCUUUCUUGAUGUUGGGUUCAAUUAGAUUGAGGUUUCUCUUACCAUAACCACAUGGAUUUUAAUUUUCCUUGUAUACUUUGGUCUAUCUGCAUGAAAACUUACAGCUAUUAUAUUUCUUGCAGGAUGAAGGGAACCUUGGAUGAAGGUUCUGAUUUCUUGCAGCAUAUGAAUAUGAUCCUACAGCUGUUCUACUGUUCCUUCUAGAGAUUGAAUAUGCAAGAAAUAUGCAUUUACAUUGUUUUUUAUGACUUUUGAAUGGCAAUGUUUCAUCAGGAAGAUCGUAUUGUAUGAGUAACAUUUUAAUAUGACUAUAUGAGGCAACACUUUUUGGAGCUA